GCGUCCCAUGUGUUCCCAGAUUUCGUUUUCACUACCAGUAACCUGGUAGAUCACGUCAUUAACAAACUACAAUACAUUUCCUGCUAUUUAUGCUUUGACUGGAUUGCGUGUAUGAUGGUUAACGGGAUAGUAGGAUUGUUCAGUUGGAUAAUUGUGGUAACAGGUGGACUUACACAGACUGUCUCUUAUCUGGAGAUGAACCCUUCCAGAUUGGUGGUGAGGUAUGGAGACUCAGUUUCAGUCAACUGCAGUACAUCGGUAGCAGACCCUGACGGCAUGGGCUGGGAAGCAUCUCAGGGAGGCACAGGCUUGGUCGACGACGUCACAUCGCUCAUGUGGACAGUAGACAGCUGGGAAGACUGGAAUGGAAGUCCAAAGUGCUUCAUCAAUCUCAAGAAUGGAGAUCAGCUUGUGGAGACACUUGGGGUCACUCUAUACCAACUUCCAGACGUUGUGUCCAUCUCUCCUUUGAACCACACUGGACCAAUGUUGGAAGGGAAGAAGUACAAGCUGCAGUGUGACGUCCUCAAUGUUGCUCCUGUCCGGAACCUCACUGUGACCUGGUACAAAGGAAAUGAAACCAUAAAGACAGACUCUUAUAGUGACCAGAGUAAGACACCAGUGAAUGAGUCAUCUAUCCUCACCAUCACCCCAAGUAGAGAAGAUGACGGAGCACUGUACAGAUGCGAGGCUCAACUGAACCUGGGACCAGAGGGACCACAUCCUUCUCCUGUUAAUACAUCAGAACAUCAUAAUAUGUUAGUGCACUACCCACCAGUCUUCCUCAGUUCCAGCCCCAAGACCUUUGAACUUAAAAACGGGGAUGAAGUCACUUUUAACUGCACUGCCACAGGAAACCCUGCCCCUGUGUACAGCUGGCAGACCCCACAACCCCAGGAAAAUAUGGGGGAUCAACCUCUUUUUACCUCAUCCUCCCUACUACCAGGAACCUACAAUUGCACAGCCUCUAAUGAUAUUGGCAAACAAACCAAGCUGUUCAUCAUCAAGCGCAAAGGGGAUCGGACAACAUUCUGGGCUAUUUUUUUAUCAUUCUUGGGCCUGGCGCUUGUGAUCACCGGUAUAUAUGCAAUCUACAAAUACAAAGCGGGCCCAGAUUCUGUCAUAUGAACAGCUCUCUGUCUGGAGAGUUGAGGAAUGCCUCAUCAAAGAUUAGGAAUCAAGAUAAUGCAAGUAUGUUUUUAUAUGAUGCUAGCUUUAACCAUGCAAAUCUUUGUAAUCGAACAUUUAUUGUUAAAGGUAGGACCGGUAUUGUUGUUGAGACACUUUGUGCCAUUUGUGUGCCGACAAAAAAAGUUCUCAUCCUGAUAGCAACCUAUAAAUCUAAAGUUUUGAGAGUAAAAUUGAAAUAAAUCUGUGAGCAUCGCAGGACUGCACACGCCCACUCAUUUAGUUUGGACCAAACUUCAUGAUUGAAGGGUUUUGGAUCAAAUGCAAUGAUCCCAGCAGUUUCAGGCAGCAUGUUCAUGUGUUUGGGGGGAGUGGCUUUGAAGGGGGUGGGAUAUUUUAGUGGUUUGAAUUAUCUCAAAUUCAAGCCAAAGUUGCUAAAUUUGCAAAGCUUACCAAUCCUACCUUUUUAAAUCUGUGUUUUUUGUGCCAGAUAAGUGAGUUGACAGUUCAAUUGCUUUUUCCCUGGCAUGUUUUUAGUGUUCAAUUUCUCUAAUCUCAAACCAACUAAUCUCAAAUACUGAGGGUGCUUUUCCACUGCUUAGUAAAGGCAUGACAGGACCUGCCUACUUGUCUUUUUGGGUUUUCCAUCAGGCAGAUCUAGUACUCUUUUUUUUUUUUUUGGUGUGUGUGUGUAUUCUUAUGGACUACCUCCCAUAGAGAAUCCAAGCGGGCUCAGGCAAUACCCAACAGUGAUGUGAAAAUACUGCAGACUGCUGGUUGGUCAUAGAAAUUGCAACAUGGGACAUUCUGCACAAAUCUGCAGUUUAAAAAAGGCUAAGCUACAAUUGCUGCUUUUUUUUAUUUAUUAAUUGGACUACCCAGUUAAAUGGCAACCAACAAAACCAUGCCAUAGUCAAUUGAGGAGGUGCAGGUAUUGCUUUGUUUGGUUGCCAACAAAAAUGAUCCAGUGAGAUCCAGCACAUUUAAGACACCGUCACAGCAGUUUCAUGAUGCAUCGCUAUGACAACCAAAGUACCUGGUACCAAAAGCAAAUCAAGUUGAGGCACUACCAAAACCGAAAAGUGGCUUAAUAUAUAUUUCACCCUGAAGCCUGCUAAAUACAUAGUUUUAGAGGGCAUAUGAAUAUUAAUAAUAAAAGAGUGUGGUGGUUUACUGCCGGUACUUAAAUGAAGAUUUCAAACUUUAAGUCCAUCUUCUUGCAAAUGUUGAACUCUAUGCAUGAUUUUUAACGCUAUCCACUAUAGGUACUGGACAUCGGUAGGGUAGCUCUAUGGGUGUGAUUUUUUAAAAUAUAAUUAAGAUGUGGGAAAAUGCUAUAUUGAUGCUCAAGGAUUAUCAGGGAUGCAUUAUACCAUAUACUAGGUGUGAUUGUCUGUUGUUCUAACCCAUGACAUGCAUUAUCAUUUAAAACUGUAUUUUUAAAGGGAUUUUUUUUGUCAGUUGUCUCAUGUAAUUGUGGUUUUACUGCUUGUUUUUCUUUACUAAAAAAAAUAUGUAUUUAUGUUCAAAGUUUCAAGUUCUUAAAAACAACUGGUGCAAAUAUGAAUGUAAUUUUUUAUGUACAGCAUUUCUGUUCAAUUUCAGUCAACUAUCAUGCCAGUCAUGUAUGUUUGGAGGGAGAAUGCUAAUCAAGUAAAUAAGUAUGUUUUAGUGUG